AUGGCGGUUACUUUGACUUUACAAAGAGGUAGAGAAGAACCAGGAUAUUCUGCCGGAAUAACGACAGUUUGGCUUCUGUCGUCUCUUGGUGUCGGAAGAAGCUCAGCAAGCUCGAAAGUGAAGAAGAAGGAUAUCGUGUCAGUGAGUAUACCUCAGACAUGCAAAGAAGUUGAGCGAUCCAGCUAUGAACUGCCAUUACGACAAGUCUCGAAUCUUCUUUACGGGGUCACCUUAUGUUUUGAAAGGAAAACCGAAUACGUUUUGGCAGACGUCACCGCCGUGAAACUUCAGCUUCACCGCCAACUUUUAGGUCUGACCUCGAAGAAGAUUAAUGAAAUUUUGAAGACCAAAGUCACUACGACCAUUUACGACGGGGUGCAUGAAUAUGCGGAUAUGGCCGAAAUGCAGCGUGCACGUAAUUCGACACUGGAAGACCACGCAAGGACGCUUUUGGGAGAUGACCCUAGCUUUGACAUUAAUUUUAUUCGUGAAUUUUCGUCUCUUGACGACAAGGAAUCCAAAGGUGACAGGGCGUCUAAGGUCAUUAGGCGGCACGAUAUAAUGCACGAAGCCUACAAUGGUUACGAAAAUGACGCUUUUCAGCGCUCAAAGUUCGGAGACCUAUACGGAGGCCCUCACGGAGGGACGUCGCAAUCUGACGAAAUGUUUCCGCUGGACGUGGACCUCGAACUGGAUUUCGGCGAUGUGUUAAGCGACGCAGAUGCGACGUCAGUAAAAUCCGGCGACGAUCAAUCCGAGACCGGAGGAUCUCGAAGGCUAAAUUUUAAAGCCCUGGCGGAGGGAUUUGACAGUCAGGGGUUUGAUUUGAUUGAUCUCCCAGAUCUUGACUCACAUCUCCCAGACCAGGAACGUAGAAAUGAGCUUUUAAAAAGACUGCAUGACAGCGACAGCGACGAGGAGAUAAGCGUUAUUCAGGAAAAAAAGAGGAAACAGCCGCGCAACAGGCGCGGAAAAUGUCUUCAACUCCUAGUGCUGUGUGAUGACAAAAUCGCGUUGUCAACAGAAGACCUCCGAACUAACGACUACUACUAUCGUGAGAGCAUGAGGGUGUUCAAAGACCGCCCUGUGAAUAAAAAAGCACAGGGAAGAGGUCGUGAUAUGAACGAAAUGCUGUUUUCAUUUGCAAGCGAUCAGCAGAUCCCCCAAAUGGCCCAAUGUUACCGGGAGUUGUUUCCGUGGCCUAAAUUCAAACCAGGCGCCAACGAAAAAGGCGGCGGCGACAUCGGCAUCGAGAGGGGUCGUCAAAACGCACGUUCGCGCACAACCUCGAGAUCAAGUAGCGUUUUAAGCGCUGAACAAGGUCGCAGAAUGAGUGGCCUUGACAAUGAAAGAAGAGAUGAAGGCGAUAAUGCAUUCGACAUGUUACCUGGCCUAGGUCAGAUUGACGAAGAGUUCAACGAAGAGCAAUCUUACCAUGCAAAUGGAAAUUUACUAGACAUCGACUUCCAUUUACCGCCAUCUAGCUUUGGGAGAAGCUCGAGCAGAAUGGGAACUGAUUCACGAGAUCAUAUCGAAGAGCUCAGAACUAUGAAUCUCAAACGACGGAGCGUUAGAGAACCAAGAUCGGGAAGUACAGGGCAGACUAGAAGUGAUGAGUUACAGUCUACUGGUGAUCAAUUAAUGGAUCCCCUCCCUGAGACGCAGAACCAAAUUUUGGAUCACCAAAGUAAAAGAUUUCUAGAUUAUAUGAAUGAGCGCGCCUGCUUCGUUGGCAGAACAUCAAGGUCGCAUCCCAAAUUUCACAAAAAAAUUCUAUUUGAAGACAUCAUUCCCAGUCGCAUAAGUGAGGAGAGCUCUUCGAACACAUCUGGCGAGGGAUUUAAAGCUGUGAGCAAAAGCAUUGCUUGUAAUGCAUUCUUGGCCUUAUUGCAGCUAGCCUCCAAAAGUUUUGUUGAUAUCCGCGCUUUCGCUCCCAAUCAACCCUUUGCUACAUUGAACGGCGACGAUUUGGUCAUUUAUCUGAGCUCAAACCCUCAGGUCGCCUAUUGA